GGCUUUUGAAAAUCAAAACAUCGUGCCAAAAGCAGAGGGUUAGUUAGUUUCAGGAUUAGGUUAGUUUACAUCAAGUUUCUUUCUGGUUUAGUUAGUUGGGGUUACCAAAACUCUUCUGGUCAACUCACCUGGUAGGGCCUUGCCACCGUAAGUCCAGCCAGACUGGACAAGAGAGAGACGGGCCCAAGAGUUCAAGACAGAUACUCCAGUUAGGUUACACGGGCCACACUACUCAUACAUGUUUAUAAAUGGCUGGUUGAGGGUGUCAUUCAUAGAAAAAUAAAGCAUGAAAAAAUCAGGGGGUAAACAUAAGAUCAGAAGAGCAAAUCAUCACCUAAAAAAAGAUUGUAAUCUGGACUUAAAUAUAGGGAGACUGGGAUCAUCAACAAUAUCAUGGGGUAGGGGAUUCCAUUUCUGAACAAUUCUAUAAGAGAAAAAAACGUCUGUGGGCUUCAAAACGUGAAUGUUGCAUUUGAAUCUUAAAUCUAUGGCCUCUAGUGCCAACCAUGGGGGACAUAGUGAAGAUGAUGGAGAGAUCUUGAAAAAUGUGGUAACAAUGUAUAAGAUCUUGUCUCAACAUUUUGCCCUUCACAGAGAACAAACCCAAUGUGGACAGCCUAUCAGAAUAUGGAAGACCAGACAGUCUGGUAAUCUGUUUUGUCCACCUGCGUUGAACAGAUUCCAGGAGCAUGUUUCAGCCCAGAAAUUCAAGAUUCCAUACUGGAGAUGUGAAAUCCAAAAUUGGUUGAAGAUCAGAGAUGAAAAGAGUAGACUUAAAGUUAGCCAAGCGAGUGACAGUUGACUUUAAGAGAUUGGUGGUAAUACCCCCAGCUUUAGCAGCUAUACAACUUAUGUGAUGGUGAAAUUUCAAUUUCCUAUCAACUGUUACUCCCAAAUCCUUAUGUGAGAAGCUCUGGUUUAUUAGGCUGCCAUUUAGAAGGUAGAUAGGAGUUAUGAGGUCAUCUGCCUGGGUGCAAUGCUGUCUAGCAAAAUGAAGAUGGACACAUUUACUAGUGGAAAACCUCAACCCCAAGAAGCAGCAGUAGAUGACAACAAGUCAAUAUUAGCCUGCAUGCCAGGAAGAGAUUGGGAAAAGUCAGGUGAUGAAGCUGAAGAGUGAAAUUAUAACUUAAGAUCAUUGGCAAACAUUUUUUAAUGGCAAUGUAACUGGGAGCAGGUGUGAUUUAUAAAGAUGAGGAAUAACAAGGGACCCAGGACUGAACCUUGAGGGACUCCACUUAGUACUGGUUUAGAAUAGCUAACAUGACCAUUUAUUGUUACUUUCAUUGAUUGGCCAAGUAGAAAACUAGUGAUCCAUUGCAGUAGGUUGCCUGAGAUACCAAUAGCUUUAAAUUUAUCUAUGAGAAUCUGAUGAUGUAUUCGGUCAAAGGUCUUAACAAAAUCAAAUAGAAUUAGAGGAUUAGAUCAACCACUUGCCCUUGAUCAUACCAGUAAGUUAUGUAGUCAUAAGUGAAUAGUAGUUGGUCAGUGACAGAACAGUUGGGCCUAAAACCAGAUUGAGAAUAUUAGAUGAUCAUCAAUGAAUCCAAACAAAGAUUUACAAAUAAUGCAUUCUGUUGUCUUACAGGGAAUGGGGUUUAGAUUGAUAGGCCGAUAGUUCAAAGGAUCACUGCAAGAACCUUUCUUAUAGAUAGGGUAAACAAGAGACAUUUUCCAAGAGUGGGAUAGGGAACCCGAUGACAUAGAUUUAUUGAAAAUGAUGGUUAAAGGAUAAGUCAGUUCAGAUGCGCAUUCUUUUAGGAGAUGGGGUGAAGAUUGUCAGGUCCCUUGGCGCUAUCAACAUUAAGAGAUUUGAGGUGAAACUCUACAUCUUCAGGGUGAAACAGAACAGAUGAAAUAUUACCAUGACAUAUCUGGUGGGGAAAAGGGUUCAGUGAUGACUCCACAACAAACACUAAGGAAAAAGCUUCAACAAAUACAUUGGCCAUAGAGUUGGGGUCAUCAGUUAGUUUGCCAUUCACUAGCAGGGACCAACUCUAGGUCUGUCAAGUUUUCUGUUCCUAAUGUAGGAGUGAAAUAGUUUGGGUUUGGUAGCACGAAUCUGGAUAAGGUUUUUCUCAUAUUUAAUUUGGGCGUUCAAGACUGCAGCUCUUAGAAUAGACCAAAUUUUUUAUUUUUCAUAAGUCAAGGGUAAAUCUCUUCAAUAGCACUUCCUUAAGUAUUUUUAAAUACCCUCUUCCCCAUCAGCAAGCUUGGGGGCAUGUUGGUAGGGGGUAGGCAAAUUUAGCAGAAUUUCUCCCAAAAAAUCUAUGGACCCCCUUAGCCUAAACUAGCUUGUGCCCUCCAGAUCCCUCUAGGGUCUUUACUCUAACCUAACCAAACCUAACCUUAACAUCUUCUCACAGGGGGGCUGUGCCUCCUUAGACUAGUGUAUUUACCCUAACGUAACUUAAAUAUUUUCUAACAGGAGAGCUGCACCCCCCCAGACCUCCCCUUGACUAAAUUACAGCCUCCAGACCAUCCCCUCGGAUCUUUACCCUAACCUAAAUAUCUUUUAGCAGGUGGAGCUGCACCCCCUUGACCCCCCAAGGACCCUGUGUAGGAUGCACUAAGGCCAGCUGCCAAAUAAAACUACAAAAAUGUGUUGGGCAUAAACUACUUCACCACUAAAUGUGUGAAUGGUGUACAUGGAAGCAAAUGUCCAAUGUUGAAGAAAAAGAAGUGUGGUCAGGAUUCUUGGCUUCUUCACCACUGUAUCACAAUGCUUAUUGAGCUGACAAAAAGAGUGAGUCACAAGGUAUGGAGGCAAAUAGUAAAGAGGGAGAGGCGGCGCAGAAUACGCCAAAAGACUGCGCAGGAAUUGCAUCUGAAGCACCAGGAAGAACAGGCAGCCCUCAUGCAGGACCCCUCUUACCGGGAGGAACUUGAGAGGCUGUGGAUCAUGGAGGAGGAAACUUGGAGAUUAGAGGAGGAAGAGGCCCAUAGGAGGAAAGAAGAGUGGCAACUACGUGAUGCUGCUCUUCACUCCAAGUUUCUGAAUGAAAAAUGCAAGAGGGAGUUUCAGGAAGAGCAAAAGAAGAAACAAGAGGAAAUGAUUAAAAAAGAAUGGGAAGAAAAACAGAAGAUGGAGGAAGAAGACAAGAAGAAAAAGGAACAGGAAGCUCUCCUCAAAGCUGCUACUGACAGUCUGGGAAAGCAGGGAGAGCAGCCAACACACAACCCUGAGCCACCUGUUGGCUACAACAGGAGGGACCUCACUCCUCCAAGACGAGAACCCUGUCCUUUCUUCAACAAAACUGGAACAUGUCGGUUUGGUGUACAGUGCUCCAGAGAUCAUGUGUAUCCAGAGAGAAGCAGUACUAUAUUGCUACCCAACAUGUACACUUAUUUUGGGAUGGAGCAUCUAGCAGUGGAGGAGAAGGAUUCCGAUAUUGGUCUGGAAUACUCCGAGUCUGAAAUUUACCAGCACUUCAGGGACUUUUUUGAGGACGUGCUGCCAGAAUUCCAGCGUUGUGGAAAAGUGUUACAGUUCAAAGUGUGUUCAAAUGCAAGUCCUCACUUACGUGGCAAUGUGUAUGUCCAGUUCUUGAGUGAGGAGGAUGCUGGCAGAGCUUGUGCCUUGUUCAAUGGGAGGUGGUAUGCUGGCCGCCAGCUGACAUGUUACUUGGUGACAAUAGAGAAGUGGAAGUCCGCUCUCUGUGGGUUAUACUGGCGCAAGCAGUGUCCUAAAGGUGGCCAUUGCAAUUUCCUGCAUGCAUACAGAAAUCCUGGCAAUGCUUUCUGGCAGGCAGACAAGGACAUGCAACCUCUUGCAAAUUCCAGCAAAACAACUUACCGCAAGAUGCCAUCAAGCAAGAGCUCCAGAUCAAGGCAUGAGAGGUCCAGUGAAGCAUCAAGUGAUAGAAGACAAAGUUUCCACAACUAUGAAGACAAUAGACAUGAAAGAGCUGCUUCUCUUUUAUCAGAGGAUUUGUUUCAUCGAUCAAGGACUGAGGGGAGAAGUGCAUUACAGAGGUCAGACCAAUCAGAAAGUUGUGGGAGGUCAGGCAGAUCAGAAAGAUUCGUUAGUGGAGUGGACAAGACAAAUAGAUCAUACAUGUCAGGCAGUAAAUCAGACACAUCAAGGAAUAGAUCAAGAAGAUCAAGGAGCAAGUCAAGGUCAAGAAAUAAAUCACAGUCAAGAAGUAAAUCAAUAAGGUUCAAGAGAAAAUCAAAAAGGUCAAGGAGUAAAUCAAAGAGCCAGAAUUCAAGUAGGUCAGAAAGCAAGUCUGAUUCCAAGAAGUCAAGAUCCCACAGGUCUGAAACAUAUGCCAAAGAAUGAAAAAUUAGCAGAGUCUAGUCAAAGUAUAAAAUCAUCCAGUGUGUAAAACCAUUUGAUGCAAUGGUUAGAAUGAUUGGUCUACACUCAUGGGUUUUUGUGUUGGAAUCCCAAACCAGGUGGAGACAAUUAAGAAAUUUCUCCUUUCAAUAUGUAUAUCAAGAAUUGGCUGUGUUGUAUUGUUACUUGCUCAAAAAUGUAUUUCAUAGUUUUAUAGUCUUUUUCCAUCACAUUGCCACUUGUAUAACAUUUUGCAUAACAGUUGUUAUGAAGGAGCACUGUGAAGUAGUUAGGGCACCAGCUAGCAAACUCUAUUUUCCCAUAUAUCUUUACUGUAUUAAUUAUGGUAAGGCAUCACAACAUCUUAAGCUAGGUUUCCAUUGACAAGAGAGCAGCUAGUGACUCAAAUGACUUGCUAGUUUGUUUCCAUGGCAUCCAUGUAGUAAGUGAGAUGUAACCAAAAAAGCUUGGAGGGUAUAAAAACGUAGUGGCACCACCUCCGAAUUGCAGUUGGUAUUGUAGUUUCAAUCACAUCCGGUCACUUGACUCACACAAAAUCUUGUGGUGUUUAAGCAGAAGUUGGUAGUCACAAGAUGCGUACUGACCACUAGCAAUUGUAUGAGAGUGAAAGAUAGCAUGUUGCUACAUGUGAUACCGCUGAGUGACCAGUGUUACCUCCUUGCUGUCUCCAAGCGAGUGUGAGCAAGUGAGCCAAAAUUUUGUCUAUUUGGUGUUCACAACAUGCUCUCAUUGAUGGAAAUCUAGUUUUAGUCCAGUGAUUCCACUCUUCCAGCAGGCUGGGGUAACUCAGCUUGCCAGUAUCAUGUAAUAAUUUUCUUUUCCGUUUUUUCAUUUUACUUUUGCCACCAGGUUCUCAUGUAAAGUACACUAAGCCCCCGCACUUGGCGAAUUAAUUAGUCCGGCGAAACUACCGCCAAAUGCGAACACGAGUUCUUUAUACCGUAUAAAUUGCCAAAAAAAGCCUCAAUCAGUCAUUGGUCAUUGCUUUUGAUCCCUAAAAUACCAUCUUUCGAGCUGAAAUAAAAUAUUUUGCCUUCACAUAUUAAUUACAACACAUGUACAAAACAGAACAAUAAACAAGCAUUUGUGAUGCUUUCCUCAUCUGUACUCCCGUUUUCCAUCUGUUUCCCUUGCCCACUUUCGUUCUUGCUGCCACCACCAUUGUCCUUACCCCCACCGGUGGUACUACCUGUUGCGCUGGUAGAGCCCAUAAUUCGUUUCCACACUAGCAGAACAGAGGGUAGAACAAGCAAAAUGGCUGAAGGGGACUCUCACACUGCGUUCUGAUAGGUUUAGAGAGAGGUCUGACAUCACAGGGGAGCUGCGUGGUUCGCCGUGUGGCCGCCAAGGGACCACCAAGUUCAAAUUCAAAUCGCCAAGCAUGCACUCGGUGGUCCAUGACCACCCUACCGCCAAAAGUGAAUUUCGCCAAGCUGAGAUUCGCCAAGUGCGGGGGCUUAAUGUAAUCAGUUUGAUAUAGAUGCUAAGCACAAAAUAAUAUGGUCUAGACUGAUGUAACAAGGUGACAGAAUGAAAUUGAAUAUAAACCAAGAAACUGUCAGCAGAAGCAGCCCUAGCCAGUGGAGUCAGCCUAUUCUCAUGUCAGAUGUGAUACGUGUGUGUUUUGAGUUUUAUAAAUGCUGAGUAGUCAACAUAAACUAGACACAAUUAAGUCUAAGCUAGUUUUUUUGUAAUAUGAGUGCUAUAAUAAUGCUGCAUAACAUAAUGAUUUUUCUCCAUUGCUUAAACUGAUGUUGAAUCAUCCUUGAUGGUGCUUGAACAGAAUUGAGUUGGCUCUAUAUAUUGAUUUUGUGUUGACUACUUCCUAAUACAUCACAUUGUCUUCUUGCAUGACGACAGGCAGUCUCCUCUGAUUGGUAUUACUGCUGACAAUUUUUUUGUUCAGAUUUUAUUCCAUGCUGCAUUACUUUGUUAUCAGUACACACAAAUAACAUCAAUUUAUAUUAUAUCAAUUAUUUAAUGAAGAUGAAUGUCCACAGCAGAAUGGAUAAUUUUCAUGAUAUUGGUUAGUUCCCACUCAGAGCUGCCCCAUCUCACUAGAGCCACUGGAACUAAAAUCUUAAGUGGCUGUACCACAUUGGGUACAGUAUUGUGAUGAAGUAAGAACUUUCUUCCAUUGUGGUGUAGAAAGAACACUUGAAGGUGACAUGAGGGAAAACCGAAUUAUUUCAAGAUUGGCUAAAAUUUAUUUACAUUUUAUUUAUAUGUUGAUACAAAUUAGCACCUUCACACUUUUUCCCAUAUUGUAACAUAAGUUCUUGUUAUCUUGUAUCACUGCAAGAAGGAGAGGUAGUUGCUGGUGAGGGAUUGCGUGACUGGUUUGUAAUUAUUAUUUGUGGGAUAUAUAGGAUGUCGCGCAAGUUAAGGUGCGUACUUUGGGACUUGUAAUUUUAAGUUGAAAAUACUUCAUGCACAUAUGCUGUUUUUUACUUUAUUUUUGCAAGAAAUUAAUGUGUAUACAGUAUGCAUGGAAGGUCUUGAUACCGUGGAGCUGUCAUUUACUUUGGGGGUAAAUCGAAGAGGCUCACUUACUAGGAAGGCAAGAUGUUCUGAUACAAUUGGAACACUUCAGGGAACAGUGAGAGAGUAACCUCAGCUGUUCAGCUCAUGUAGAGAGAGUGGACUGUCUGUCUUGUGGGCUUCCACCCAUCUUCUCAAAAUGCCCAAAAUUACUAUAAGCAAGGAAAAACAUAAGGAGAUGUUUACAUUAUACAAAGCUGGCCAUGACCUCCCAUUUCCACUCGAACAGGAGUUAAGCUGAUGACAUGGUGGGUAUACUGUUUCAAGGACAUUGGUGAGGCUGCUGGAAUUCCUUACUUCCUAAGUCUGGCAGGCCUUGUAAAGACCACUCUGAAGACACAUGCACUUAACUCCUGGCAGGUUGCUAAAAAGCCAAGGCUGACAGCAUAGGAAAUAGGGUGAGUGCAGUAGCCUCAGUAGCAUCCUUGAAAUGCUGCACCGACCUCACCCUAACUCAUGUUUGAGUGGAAAAAUGGGGAGAUCAUGGCCAGCCUUGUAUAAUAUAAGGAACUUACAUUUCUUCUUACAUGUAAUCAUGUUCUACAUGUUGAGAAGAUUGGAGAAAGCAAAAGUUAUAGCACAGAUAGCCUUGUCUGGCAGACCAGACUGACAGAUACACUCUCUCUUCAUUAGCUGAACAGCUAAUUGAGGCAGCUCAAACUUUCUUGCUAUUCCCUGAACGGUGUCAAAUGUUGUGAGUUACUGUCCCAAUAGCAUCAGAAUAUCUCAACUUCCAAGAAAGAUCACAAAUCCAUGCAUAUUGUAGAGAAUUAUGUACUUGUUACUUGAACUUGGAGAACUCACUCACUC